AUGAACCUCUCGGGCAUGUUUGACUCCAACUUCCAGGGCACGAUUCGCAAGAUGAUGGAGCAAAUGAUUCAUCAAGCUGUGCAGCAGGCUCUUGUGAAGGCCGGUCUGAGCGGAGAGAGGGUUGCUAGUAGCAACCGUCCUACUUCGGUUUCGCCACGUGCCUGGCGCCGUAAGAAGGCCCGUCUGGCCAAGGCUGCUCGCAAAGGGCAGGUGGCUGGGGGCUCGCAGCGAGCUCAGGCGCCUUUUGAGGCGAACAGUCCAGGUCAGGCACCUUUUUCGUCUCCUACUCCAGGGGUCAAGGGAAAAGGUGGAGGCAAGGGCCAGGGAAAGGACCAGGGCAAGAGUGCUCCGUCCCCAGCGGCGGCGCCUUCGACAGGUGAUCAGCACGGUUCAUGGGUGCAGGUUUGCCGUAAAGGUGCUAAGAGACAGGGCGAGGUACUUGACCAGGAGCUGGGCAGGCACAAAGCUUCUGAUUGGACAGGGCCUGUCGUGACAACAGCGGCUGAGCUCGAGCAUCUGAUCACGCAGCAGUCUGACCUCAAGGCCGUGGUUGCGAUGCCCGGCACUGCUGAGGCUGCAGAAACAAUCUGGGAGCUCCUAGGUGCACAUGCUUCGCUCGAUGUUCUGUUCAUUUUCAAUUAUCGCACGCAUGAUGGCUUUGCUGAGGAAACGAAGUCUUCUUUAGGGGUCAGCCCGGAUAGGCGGUCCAUCCCCUUGCAUUUUGGAUCAGGUCUGCGAUUUGUGCAGCGGUUCAGCUUGACUCGUGGCAAGGACUUUCCCAAGCCCAAGGUGCUUGGCAUGGCCAUUGAGGCUCCGUGCACUGCGAAGAAGGACUCCGUUGUGUUAAGGGCCAUGACACGCCGUGGUCUGGUUGGUCAGUGGGACGAGGUCUCUAAGGGUCCGGGCAAGGCGUUAAGGACUUGGCUCAUGCGCAUUGACAGCAAGCUCUCCCCUUCUCUUCGGGAUUCUUGGGGCUGGGAGCUCAUCGGCAAGGACGAUUGCAAAGGACUUGUUAGAGUCGAUAAGGCUUCGGCGCUGGCUUUCAUCAAGCACAGUGGCUCGCUCGAAGCCGGGUGCAGGUGGUUCUUCGAGCCUCUUCGUUGGGAGGCGCCGCUUCUUGACGUUCCACCGGUUGUUGAUUGGAUUGAGGCGACCUCCCUUUCAGCAGCUGCCACUCAGGCUGUGGAAAAGGCCAAACGCACUGGAUUCGGGGUAAUGCUGGGCCGCAGACAGGUCGGCGUCCGAAAAGCUAGAGACUCCAAGAACGAGCAGUCCACGCAGCGUCGCCGUCUGUGGAAGUUCUUAGGCGCGUCUUUCGAAAUGGGGGCAGAUGACAUUCGAUCGCUCGCUGAAAAGGCUGGGUUUCUUGAUGUUGAGCUUGUUGAGCAGUUUAAGUGGAGAAGUGCUGUGGGGUGGGCGCUUAGGGCCACUCGUGCUGAUGAUUUCUCUCACAUGGCGCUCCAAGUCCAGAACCGCACCAUUCAGGCCUCAUGUCAGUUUGGGCGAGGCGACCGGCGGCUUCACACCGCCAUUGCUCCGGAAAAGCGCGUUCUCUUUAGCUCUGGCCUUGCGCCCAAGGUCGCUCAGGUUCCUUCAGGCCUCUUCCAGACCAAAGCUGGCUUCGGGCCUCCGGUUGAGCUUCAGGGUGCUGCCAUCCCCAGUGAGGAAAUGAAGGAGGAGGGUGGUGAUGCCCACAAGCGGCCAGGCGGGUCGUCCAACGGCUCAGUGGCGAAGAAGCUUAAAGUCCAGGAGACUGCUGUGCCGGCCGGCUUGGAGCCGGUGCCCAACACGGGGCAAGGGAACUGUUUAUUUUUAGCUCUCUCCGAUGCUUUCGGCUUGAUUGGCCAAUCUCGCGGUCAGGCUGUCUUGAGAGCAUCUGCCGUGGCGCAUUUGCGCAAAUAUCGCGAUGCUUAUGUCGGAGUUUGGGACAAGCGAACGCCAGAUGAGCAUGAGACGGAGAUGGACGACUUUGAGCGCUACCUUGACAGCGUCGCUCUGGAAGGGGCAUGGGUCAGUGCGUUGGAGAUCACGGCGGUCGCCAACACGCUUGACGUGAUGAUCCGAGUGGUCGAUUGGGGCAACAUGCUGGAGGGACCUCGUGUCGGCCUUCGGGCUGGCGCUGGCGGCGAGUCCCUCCAGCAUGCCCCAAUCGACCUCGCGCAUGACCUGUCCUCGUGCGGAACUGCUCCGUCGGUUCGUACCAGGGCGUCGCUGAGGCUCCAGCUUGGCCACUCCAAUGCAUGCACUCCGCGCAAUGAGGCUCGCGGUGCGUCCGAGACUGGCGGCUUGGCGACGAGCAACACUUGUAGAUGCGGAUGGACGGUGCCAAAGGCUGUUGGACGCGAUGACAAGAAGCCUGGCGAGGCUCGACGCCGGCAUUGGCUCCAAUGCAGCCUUUGUCUCGAACCAUAUGCCCCCCGACCGAUGAACAUGUUCGGAAAUCAAAAGCCUUUGCGAGGGCAGGUCGCCGUUCAGCUUUUGCACAGAAAGCUCGCCUUGGUGCGCGCUGCGAAGGCCUCUUGGACUCACGACCUUGAAAUCCAUUCAACGGCGGGAAAGGGUUUGGUAGCUGCUCCGAAGGAAGCUGAGAGGAUCGCCAUCGUGAAGCUCAAGCGGAGAGACGCUGCUAAGGGCAAGACGCUUCGCAAGGGUGUCCUUCGUCGGAUCCUUUCUUGGAACUUGGGUAGUCUCCACACGCAAGGUGAUGGUCUCGCGGAACUCCUGCUCCGUCACAGCGUGGACGUGGCAUUGAUUCAGGAGCACCACAUCCCUGAGAACGGCAGGCAUCGCCUGUCACGUGUUUUUCGUCAAGCAGGGUGGCAGGUGUUCUGGGGACCUCAACGGUCUUGUGGCUACGGCGAGGCCGUUCUUGUGCAUCGCAGAUUCUCUGCGGCUUUGCUCCAGAGCGAUUCUCGCGAGAUCUGUACUGUGGCUCUGCGCAUGGCUGGAGGUCGCAUGAUGCGAGUCGCCUCCAUCUACGCUCCGGUUCAUUCCCGUGGCACCCAAGAGGCUUUCUUCGCCGAGCUGGCUUCGUGGCAGGGACGACCUGGUCUGUGGGUCGCUGGAGGCGAUUUCAAUUCCGACCUGCUCUCUCAAGUUCCGUGCAGCGGUCAUGCGGCCGUGCCGCCAACGAACACUUGGAGACGAUCUGUCCAGCAUGAGUGGUGCUCGUCUCUCGACGGAUUUGUCACUUGUGGGGCCUUGAGGCCCGUCGGCGCGGUUGCUGCGCUGCAGGAGGAAGUUGUCACCCAGCAUGCUCCGGUGAUCUGUACGGUGCCGGGUGAGAUUCGUGAAGAGUUUUUGCUGGCCUGGGCGCUUCCUAGAACGCGCCUAAACCCGUGGACGCUGGAUGCUGAUGAGGCCUUCUUUGCUGCUUUACGCCGAAGGGAUGCUGAUUUGGCUUGGUCUAUUUGGUUGGACUGUGCUUUUGGGCUUCGCGGCGAUGAGAGUCCGUACGUCAAGGCUUCCUGCUCGGUGGUUCCUGGCCUAGGUCGAGACCGUGAUCAAGUCCUCGCCGCCAUGGGUGCGCUGGGGCGCAUGUGUGCGUGGGGCAGUGAAUGGGGCUGGACCACAGAGCUGCACGAGAAGUAUGAGGCAGGCCAGGCUGCUCUUCACGCUCUGCUAGCUCAGCGCCGACGUGACGGCAUUAACGACUGGAAGGCUCGUGUUCGCGACCUUAGCUUGGCUUCUAAGUGGGUUAAGUCUGGUCCCGCCAAACCGUUUAGGCUUCUCAACGAGGAUGGGUCCAUUGCCAUCACCCCUUCUGAACAAGGGCGCGCGGUAAAGGCGGAAUGGCUGCCCCGGUGGACUGAGAGGAGUCCGGCUGCAGUCGCGGCAGGCGUCUCGGCUGCGGGCGUCUUCGCUGAGGCCCUCACUGCGCGAGCUUCCGAGUUUCCCAGGCCACCGCCAUGGACUGUCGGCGACAUUCGAGCUCAGAUUCGCAACAGUGCUGCAGGACUGGACGGCCUUACAUUUCAGCACUACCGUGAUCUGCCUGAUGUCCAUUUGGAGAGGCUCGCGGCCCUCUAUUCGGAGCUGGUGUCGUCCGUGUUGGCGGUGGCCUACCAUGAACAGAGGCCACUGACCGGGGCAUCCCUCGAUACCGAGAAAUGCUUCGACUCGGUCAGUCUUGAAAGCGUUCGAUGUCUUCUCCGUCAGGCUCGAGCUCCUCUGUUCAUGUUUCGCGUUGUUGAUCUGUGGGAACCGCUGGAGCGCCACGUGUGGCUGCUGGACGGUCCGACAGGCAUCACGAUUCGAGCCGCUCGCCAACGUGGUCUACCCCAAGGGGAUCCGCUGGCCCCUUGGGCCUUGAAUUUAGUGAUGGCGACUUGGAUAUGGGCACUGCCGAAAUUGGACCUCGUCAGGGUUUUCCUCGAUGACAGGUGCUUGCUCCAUCGACGGGUGGAGGUUCUGGCCGAGGGGUUGCGCAUCACGAGAGCUUUUGACGAGGCUUUCGGUUUGACUGUUCACCCUCGGAAAUCAUGUCGGUUUUAUGUAGGCGAGGCCCAAGAAGACCCGACGCACUACUGGUCAUGCUUGCCUUUGAAAGUUUCUGUGAAAUACCUCGGAGUGCAGCUGGAGACUGAUCCGGGAGGGUCUCUGUCCAAUGGCGAUGCUCGUGCUGAGGCUGUUAGGGCUAAGGUCGUUCGUGCUCGCUUGCUUCCCCAGCCUGAGGUGCGCAGGACAUUGGUUGCCAGUUACUUGCAGGGUCUUUACGCUGAGGGAGUCAUGAUGACGCAACUGGCCUGCGACCGCCUUACUACGUCGGUAGUGCAGGCUUGGUGGGGGCCGACGCUCAACAGUCGUAACUACAUGCGUAGUGAGGCCUACACUCUAGGUCUGCUGGCUCCUCUUCAUCGCAUGGCGCCUGUGAUGGUUCAGUGCUGGUCCACGGUUGUUGCUCUUGCUAGGCUUCUUGUUCAGAACACGCUGCUUGGUCAGGGUAUUUGGCGGGCUUGUUUUCAGGAACGUCGCUGUAUUGGGUUUGCCAGGCAGGUUAGGAGGUGUCUUCUUUUCCUGAAGUGGCAGUGGGCUUCUUGGGACACGCUCAUAGAUUCCUUCGGCCAUCGUCUUCAUUUACCAGACCUGGCGUUGCGCAACGCUAGAGGCGACAAGGCGAAGCAUAUCUGCAGGGACCGGUUGCGGGCCUUCUGGUGGCAGUACUGGGACUCGUCUCGCAUAGCUCAUGGAGGCAUUCUUUCUGGGGUUGAUCGAGAGCGUUCCUUGCAGCCCCUGCAAGCUCUUCGGCUACGCAAAGGAACCUUCGGAUGGGAUGGCACUGACGCAGGAGCUCGCUACGCAAGAUUCCUGGCAGAUGCUCUCUGGUCGCGGAAUCGCAGGAGGCAUGCGGGCAAAGUUGAGUCUGCUCGGUGCUGUCGCUGCGGAGUUGAAGAUGAGCGCACUGAUCACUUCCUCUGGGGCUGUGUGGCGAACCGCGAGGCCGCUGGUUCCAGCAGCUGGCCCGCUGAAUGGCUUCCGGAUGCCCUUCCGCAGUGUCUUCGGCAGUGUGGCGUGGUCCCGCAGGUGUCUGGGCGCGAAGAGGCUCCUUGGACGGAUGGGCAGCUGGCGGCGCUGCAGCGGUACUUCGCAUCGUGGCGUGAGGAGUUCUUCUUCGUCCUAGCGGUCGUCGCCUAUGAGAGGGCCGAGUUCUUCUUUUUCCUGCUUGUCAUUCUUGCUGACAUCAUGGCUGGCAUGCUCAUCCAGGACUACACCGAGUUCAGUGGAGUGAAUUUGGCCUCGCUUGUCGUCACCGGCACCGUCAGCAUAUCCCUGAUGGUGUCCAUCUUCGUCCUGGUCUACCUCGGAAACGAGGUGAAUCAGUCGGCCGAGCGUCAUCGCUUCUUGCUGCACCGAUCACGGACCCUUAUGACAAGCAUGAGAUACAGAACGAGCACCUGCAUGAUGCCCAAGAUGUCGCAAGCUGUCACUGGUGUCAUGCCACCUGAUCCAACUCCCAUGGAACUGGAGCAAGCUUCUGAACUCAUCAGCUGCCUAGGCGAUGAACUGGAGUCCGAGGGGAAGGUCUUGCCGCUGACACUGCUCGGCAUGCCCUUAGGCUGGUCGUUGCUUUCCGUGUUGCAGUUCAUCCCGAUCGGUGUCAUGACUACGCUGUUGCAAUUCUGCGGGAAUGAUGCGACAGCCGAUCGAUGCGUGAACUAG